AUGCCACUGGCAGACAUUGAGAAAUUGACCGUCAAAGAUUUCCGAAUUACAAUGGAAGUCAGGGACCAAAAGAAGCCCGUAGAGUUCCAAGUGGACAGCUCGAAGGGUCCCCGGGAGUUUUCACAAUGGGCCAGCUCGCUGGAGAAGUUGCUCUCACAGCGCUUGGGGGCAAAUUUCGUGUCGUCUGUCAGCGCGGACGAAGGUGCCGCUGCAGCUCCAGAGCCAGCUUCUUCCGAUGGAGGCCAUGCGAGUGCCAGUGUGAGCGGUGGAACCACUCCACGUGAUGCACCAAGGGUACUGUGUGAAGGCGAACUUCUCGUUCUCAAGAAAAACAGAGAGGAUCCAAGGUACUGCGUUUUGCGCACAGACUGCUUCGAGUAUUUCAGCAGCAAGGAGGAUUAUCAGACAGGUGUUGCGGCCCGGGCACGUGCCCUGAUCGAAGACAUCACUUCUUUCGAGGUUUUGGAAGGUGGCAUUAUGGAAGUGGAGCUUGGCGACAAGAAGCUGGCCUUCAAAGCUUUGAGCUCCGAGGACCUCGUUCGAUGGCAAACAGCGUGGGAGACAGAUCCCGAUGAGCUGAUUGCAGCUGCCGAGAAGCCGCAAACUACGAUGCCAACAACUACGCCUCUAGUGGCUCCGGCUCCAAAAGCACGCGUGGUGACUUCGGGCAAGUUCAGUCUCCGUGGGGAGGGCUCUCAGGCAACAUCGGGUAUGCUGGUGCUGCGGGAGGAUCGUCUGGAGUUCUUCAAAGGCAGAGAUGGCAAAGUCCCAGAUGACCAAGUGCCCGACUUGAGCGCUUUCAUCCAAGAUAUCGAAGACUUGGAGGUCUUGGAUGAUACCUUGGCUGUACGUCUCCUUGACCAGUCAAGGACCUUCGAGCUGUUCUCUCCUCAGGGAAAGAGCAUGGAGGAGUGGUAUUCCGAGCUCCAGCACGUCUUCUCAGAGACGGGCUCUACGGCAAAUUCGCAUCGAGAUUCCGUGGUUGAUGAGGAUCCGAAAGCAAAUGUCACCUUGGACGAAGAGGCUGCCCGUAUUGCGAAGGAUUUGGUACAAGCCGUGAAGACGGUGAAUGUCAUGUUCAAGACUGCGCGCACGCUGAAUGGGCACAAGGUUCAGAAUGAAGCGGACUUUCACAGAGCGCUGCAGCAGGCAGAUUCUGGCCAAGUCAAUCCUGAGGACUUGGCUGGAGCCUUGAAGGACUUGGGAAUCGGCCUGACAGAUGCUCAAAUUGAAAGCUUGAUCUUCUCCAUGGACCAGAGUGAAGGUGGCGGGAUCUCGCUUGACGAGCUGAAGAAGGUAUUGUUGUUCCAGCAACUGCUGGCUGUACUGGGCACGUGUGCGCCCCUCGAUGGUGAUGGCGCUGGGCAAGGACUUUCUGGCACACAUGUUUUUAGCUGCGCCAUCAUCAUCGUCAUCCAGCGUCUGCUUCAGGAGCUGUUCAUUGUCAUGGAUAGCCUGGCAAUUCGCGUGCACUUUGGAAUGAGCGGUGGUGCAGACUUCAGGCUCCUGCUCCGUGAUGCCACUGCAAAAGUCGUCAGUUUCGCGUACCUGGCCGCCUGCGAGGCACGAAGGCCUUUUGACAUCCUUAGUCCCAACUUCGACUUCGAUGGCGCCAUCCGGCGUCUGAAAGAAGCUGCUGCAGAGCGGAAGAUCUGUGAUUUGAUCAUGGAUCAGCUUCUUUUGCCGGGCGUUGGGAACGUCAUCAAGGACGGGAGUAUCAAGUAUCAGCGGUUUGUAGCUUCCUGGCUAGCAAAUGCCCGUGCCAGCCGCUACCACGAGCCAACACGAGCUGGCAGGUGGAAGGCCUUUUCAGCGCAAAACUCCAUCCGCUUACUCCUGGCCAUGCGCUGGAUGACACUGCUUGGAGGGCUCUUCUUCAUGGCUUACGUACUUGCGGAAGACAGUGGUAUUCUGCUCUGA